GUCACACCACAAUUACUACUGUCUGCAGAACUUUCCCGCGCUAAAGUUAUCCCCUUAUAAAACGAACCUGCCAUUCCCACAUCAAAGAUUAGGGCUUCCAGUUCAAAAAAGCUCUAUUUCAAAUCAGGCAUGACGGACCAUGAGGCGUCAGCCAUGGAAGUGGAGCGGAAACCACAAGAAGUAGCAGUAGAAGAGGAAGAAGAUCCAUUUCUUCAAUUCAUUGACUACGCCAAGUCCGUACUAUCUCCCGAUGCUAACUGUAACGGAGAUGAUCCGAAGGGACCUAGUUGGAGAUGGAUUGCUUCAAAGAUUCUCAAUACUUGCAUUGCUUAUUCCUCUGGAGUUACCUCCGCCAUUCUCCUCUCUGAUCUCUUUCAGGCUUGGAAUGAAUUGAAUAGGAGCGGAGCUCCAAAGAAACAGUCAGAAUGUAUUUUUCAGUUGAAGAAGAAACACAAGAGGGCAAAGCUUCCUAAUACUGUCACCAUUGACUCCAUAUAUGAGAAAAAGUUCUUAUCAUUGAACAGUGUAAUUGAAGCUGUUAUUAUAGACACUUACAUUCUUCCAGGAACAAACAUUUACAUGCUUCAUCUGGGUGAUUUUUGGAGUUCUAAUACAAUAGAUCUGUAUCUUCACCGCAGAUUCUACAGCUUAGCAGAUCCAAAAAAUGGUCUUUUGAAGAAAGGUCGCGAAGUUUUCCUCACAGGAUGCCGCCUCCGAACUGCCACUGGAGGUUCAGCUCAUGCACGUCUUUUGCCAACUGAAUAUCUUGUGAUACUGUUAGACGAGGACCAAAAUGAUGACGCAAUGUUGCUUUUAGCACAAUUUUGUGAAGAUCGCUUCGAAUCCAUUUCUGUCUGUGAUGUCUAUCAGGGGGUCUCCUAUUCAUUACGUGCAAGGAUUACAUCUAUUACUUCUCUGGAGGUUCAAGGGAAAUAUGGUAGUUUGCAGAGGAAGCAAAUUGAUCUUGUUGAUGACUAUGAUGUCAGUUCAAAAUUUCUUUUGUGGGGUGAGCAGGUUCUGCUUGCAAACCUAUUCAGUGUCGGAAGUACGCUUGCCCUGGAUAGACCAUUUAUCUCGAUUUCCACGGAUAGUGAUCUUGAAACAUCUACAGAAUGUUGCCUUGAAUACGGUACUGCAACACAGCUAUAUCUGGUACCCUUUAUUCAGAAUGAGGAGCAAGUAUCCCUAGCACUGACACAGAACCAUCAUAAAGGACCAAAACUAUCAAGACCUUUGGAUCCAAGUCAGGGACUUGUAGUCUCCCAGGUUUUCCUGCCUUGUGAUUCUCAAGGUUCUAUUGACUUCAGUAAUUAUCCUUUUCGAUCAUUUGUUGUUGAUCUUCGGGAGAAGAUGACUGGAAUAAGCCUCUACGGUAUUGUUUCUGAUAUUAGAAGUACUCAAGAGCCAGUACUUUCUGUUAUGAUUCAAGAUGUAACUGGUGCAGUUUGGGCGAGACUACAUUUUGCUCGAUCCUGGUCAUUGGGGAGACUAGGACUGGGGCACACUAUUUACAUAUCUGGUUUGACGUGUUCCGUGGGUACGGGAAAAAGCUUGAUCAUCUUACCGUGCCACACUUUCUACUUUGACAGCCUAGAAUUGCGGUGGGUUGAGAAUGACGUUGGAGCUUCAUUUAUUAAUAUUAGUUGCUUACCGGCGCUGCUUAACUCAUCUUGUCUACACAAGUUAUCCUGCCUUUCUAAUUUAUCAGCCGAGCCUACUGGUACUCGUGUAUGUAGAGUCUGGCUGGAUCAAAUUGAACAUUGUCAUGUGACUGCGAGACUAUCACAUACAUCUUGUGGUUAUUUUCUUGAUGAUGGUUCCAGUGAAGACCUCAAGUGCAACUUCUGUCAACGUAAAUGCAAUGCAGAACUAGCAUGGAAUUUCCAUUUAAAAAUAACUCUUGCAGAUGAGAGUGGAAAACUCUUUGCCUGGUGUACUGGUCAAACUGCUGUGGAGUUGCUGCAAAUAACUCCUGAUGAAUUCUGCGAACUACCAGAGGAAGAGCAGAUGAUGUACCCAUCAUCCCUUGAGCAUGAAACAUUCAAAGUUGCAUUGGUGAACUGCAGGAAAAAGGUUGAAGGACUUAUGGAUCAAGAUCACGACACAAUUGCAUGGGAGAUCACCCGUGCAAUCAAGUGUGAAUAAAUUUUGAACCAUGUUUGCAUCUCAAAUAUGAUAGUUGGAAGAGGUUCUGCCAGCAUCAUAUUUGAUCUUGGAAUUGAAGAAAUCUGUUGCCAACAUCAUAGACAAACAAAAUGAAUACAUGUUCUGCUUGAGGUAAAAUUCGCCCUCAUAUUUAUCAUCUAUGUUGAUCUAGAGUCUUAAAUCAAAUCAACAAAGGUGUUAUGCCCUAAACAAAGUCCUUGUAACAGCAUAAAUCAUCUAAAUUUUGUUAUAUUUGAAAAUAGAUGCAUUUUGAAGAUACUGAUUGGUUGCUGUGAAGCUAAAAGGCUAGUUGAAAACUGAAAUGUCUUUUACGCUAACUUUUAUUUUGUUAGCCUGUUGAUUAUCCCUGUAUCAUUGCAACAUUUAUAUGUACUAAAAUGUACCGAUGAUCAUCUUAAUUUUAGGCA